AUGACCUUCGAAGAGCUAAUCCCGGGCCUGCCGGAGGAGAUAGCCAUGGAGUGUCUGAUCCGAUUGCACUUCACAGCCCACGGCGUCGCCUCCGGGGUCUGCCGCCGGUGGCGCCAGCUGGUCCGGAGCAGGGAGUUUUACUACCACAGGAAACAAACGGGUCAUACCCGGAAAGCGGCCUGCCUAAUUCAGGCCCUGCAGGCCCCGGAAUCGGAACCGUCGGGCGACAAACCGGUCGGGCCGGCGAGGUACGGGGUUUCGAUGUUCGAACCCGUCAGCGGGUCGUGGGAGCGGGUCGACCCGGUACCCGAUUACGCCGACGGGCUGCCCCUGUUCUGCCAGGUGACGAGCUCGGAAGGCAAGCUGGUGGUGAUGGGCGGGUGGGACCCGGCCGAUUACCACCCGGUCAGCCACGUGUUCGUGUACGAGUUCACGACCCGGAGCUGGAGGCGCGGGCGGAGCAUGCCGGGCGCCCGGUCGUUCUUCGCCGCGGGCGAGUUCGACGGGAAGGUGGUCGUCGCCGGCGGGCACGACGAGAACAAGAACGCGCUGAAAACCGCGUGGGUGUACGACGUGAAGGGGGACGAGUGGACGGAGCUGCCGGCGAUGAGCCAGGAGAGGGACGAGUGCGAGGGGGCGGUGGUCGGGUCGGAGUUCUGGGUCGUGGGCGGGUACCGCACCGAGAGCCAGGGGGAAUUCGAGGACAGCGCCGAGGCGAUCGACCUCGGCGGCGCGUCGGAGUGGAGGCGCGUGGAGGGGGUGUGGAAGGCCGGGCAGUGCCCGAGGUCGUGCCUCGGGGUGUCGACGGCGGCGAAGGGCGCGGCGCUGUUCAACUGGGCGGAGAUGGGCGGCGGAGCGGUGAAAGUGGGGGCCUGUGGGGUCCAGCUGGGGAGCGGAAUGACGCUUGUGUCCGGGUCAGCGUAUCAAGGAGGGCCGCAGGGGUUCUAUGCGGUGAAAGGGCAGAAUGGUAAAUUGAACAAGCUGAGUGUGCCGCUCGAGUUUGCCGGGUUUGUGCAAUCCGGAUGCUCCGCCGAAGUUUGA